AUGUUACAGCCUCUCGACAUCGAUCCGUCUCCCUACCAUAUAUCCGCCAAGCUCAAUGAUCCAUACUACGAUCAAUGGGAAAACGUAAUCGCCAAUCUCCCACGACUCUUAGAACAUGGCAUCGCUCGAACGACAAUCGACAGAAUCUCAAUUCUCUCGACGGAUCGGCUUAGCUCCGAGCCUAUGUGGCGGAGAGCCUAUGUGGUACUGUCCUUUCUAGCGCAGGCAUACACGUGGGGCGCGGAGGUUGCCAGCGAUACCCUCCCGCUAUCCAUUGUCCGGCCACUUAUGGAAGUGGCCCAGUACUUCCAAGUCCAGCCGUGCGCCACCUUUGCCGCGUUUUGCCUGUGGAACUUUUCCGUCCCAAAAUCAGGACCCGAAGACGUUGAGACCUGUCUUGCACAGCCGGAUAAUCUCUCCACCAUUGCAUCGUUCACCGGAACCCAAGAUGAGUCCUGGUUCUUCAGCAUCUCCAACGCAAUCGAGGCUCGGGGAGGGCAGAUCAUUCCCCCCCUCCUCAACGCCCUCCGUGCCGUGCAGUCCAACGAUUUGUCGCAGCUGGAGGAAUUUCUCCAGGAGAUCUGUACCAGCUUGGAAGAAAUCUGCUUGACAUUGAUGCGCAUGUCCGAGCAGUGUGAACCGUCCGUCUUCUACCAUCAACUGCGGCCGAUGCUCUGCGGCAGCCGGGAUGUAACCUCCAUCGGCCGCCCAAAGGGGGUGUGCUAUCCUAAUGGCGGAGACUCUAAUGCGCAAAGCUCCACAAUCCAGCUAUUUGAUAUCAUUCUGGGCAUUCACCAUGAGGCUGCCGAGACCGAGGCCGCAUUCGGAGGGUCCCAGGCGAAAUACCUGGAGGAAAUGCGGCACUACAUGCCUGGGCCUCACCGAAAAUUUCUGGAGCUCAUGGAGGAGAAGUGUAAUAUUCGUGAGUUUGUCCUAAUCCAAGCGCACAACACGGAGGUGCAGAGAUUGUACCGAAGCGCGGUGCUGAAGCUCAGGUCUGUGAGAGAUGCGCAUCUGUCUAUUGUCUCGCGGUAUGUGAUCGUUCCGGCGAUGCGAGAGAGGGAGCCGCGCUGUGAUCCGGGAGGCGACGAUCUGACUGGGACUGGUGGCACGGAGAUCAUGUCGUUUCUUAGGAACCGCCGAGAUGAGACUGAUGCAGCGUCUCGGGUCUGCUGA